AUGUGUCUUCCUAUGUCAAACUGUUGUUGUUGUAUAAGUUUGAGUGUUGGCGCCAAAAUAGUUGCAAUUUUGAGUUUAAUGACGUCAACUUGCACUGUUCUGGUGUACGGAACAGCGGCUUUACUCCCACGACCAGACACCGAGAUACGAAGAAUAAGUUACGUAGUUGUGGCCGCUGCAGCCGUUAUCAAAUUCAUCAUGGCCUGUCUCAUGGCAUAUGGCGCUUUCCAGAAAAAACCAAAGUUCCUUCUUCCGUGGCUACUUACUGCUUGGAUAUAUGCAGUAAUAUUAUUAAUUGCAUCGCUCUUCGGGAGUAUUCUUAUCGCACUCAAAGUCGCCAAAAAUAUGGAAACGACAUCUGAAGUCAGCACAAUGGUGUCUGCAUAUUUUAUUUAUGCAAUAAUUCUUUACUACUUCGCGUCUGUCGUCAACAGUAGAAGAGAAGAAAUGCUGCGAGAUAGACAAAUAAAAUUCACUUACAUUUCACAUCGUCUGAUGGGCCAAAAAGUACUUCCAAAGAUGUAUACGCCAUGA